AAUGAUGAACGAACGAUGUCGAUCAAUAACAAUGUCUCGUCAUUAGAUGAUGUAACAUGAAUAUAUUUGAAGAAUUUGUUUAAAUCACGUGGUUACGAUCAGCUGUUGAGAAAUUCUUGAAUUAUUUCCAUUUUUUUUGUUGGUAAAUUUUUUUUUUCGUGCCCAAUGAAUUCUUUGUUCAAAUCGUUCGAUAAUAUAUGGCGUCUAUCCAUUCGUUAUAAACAUGAUUUUACAUUAAAAGAAAAUUUAGCCGAAAUUUUUGAAAAUGGCACAAAAUAUCGAAAUCAACCGGGAACUCGUCGACUUUUUGCCGGCAAUUUACCAUUUAAAUUACAAUUUGCUGCUACAUCUGUUAUCAAUAAAUAUCGUAACAAGAAUUUUCGUCGAAAUGUACAUGAAAUAGAAAAUGAUUUUCUACGAAUAUUUGUUGCCAGAGAAAAUGAAUCCAGUGCAAAUGAUUCCAAUAACACAAAGAAAAUUAAAGUUGAUGAAUCAUUUAAUUAUGAAACCGCUGUAAAAGACAGAGAAUUCAAACGAGAAAUGCAACAACAACAACGAACAUUAUAUUUUCAAAAAGAAUUUUACAAUAACCAUGAAUGUGCAAGUUAUAUGGCUGCAAGAUUACCGGCUAAUUAUGCCGUACUUUCACGUGUAAUGAAUGAGAUUCGCAAUGAAGAACCAGAUUUUCAUCCAUCCAGUGUAUUCGAUUUUGGUUCCGGUAUAGGUACCACUAUUUGGGCUGCCGACCAUUAUUGGAAUGAUUCGAUUAGAGAAUAUUUUUGUGUUGACAUGAAUGAAAAUAUGAAUCAAUUAUCGAGAGAAUUACUACAUCGAGGAACAUCGAAUGAUGAUCAUAUUUCAAAUCGCAUUUUUUAUCGCCAAUUUUUACCAGCCAAACAUAUUCCAUCUUAUGAUUUAGUUGUUAGUGCAUUUUCAUUGCUUGAAAUGGAAGAUACACGAAGUCGAUUAUAUGUGAUUGAGAAUUUAUGGCAAAAAACUUCUGGUUGUUUAGUUCUAAUCGAACAUGGUUCUAAAGCCGGUUAUACCGCCCUUAUGGAAGCACGUAAUUUUCUUCUACAAAUCAAUCGUCAAAUUCGAAUGGAACCAGAACCACUUAGGCCACAAUCAGAUGAAACGGAAAUUGUUGAUAGAUUAUCAUCUACAAGUGGAUCAAUAAUGGCUCCAUGUCCACAUGACUUUGUAUGUCCAAGGCAAUCUACAUUGCAUAAAAAAUCUUACUGUAAUUUCGGUGUAUAUUAUCAGCCACUUGAUUAUGGUCAACCGAAUCCGCGUAUAAAAUCGGAAAAAUUUACAUUUCUAAUCAUGAAAAAACAUGGCCAUUUUCAAUGGAAAGAGGAACAAAAAAAUUGGGCCAAAAUAAUCGAACCGGUAGCAGCAAGAGCCGGACAUGCUAUUUGUCGUAUCUGUGAUAAUGAUGGGAUGCUUAAACAAAUAAUUGUAUCGAAAUCCAAAUCAGAUAGACAUGUUUAUAAAUGCAUAAAAAGUGCACGUUGGGGUGACAAGAUUCCGAUGGAUGUACAUGAAUGUUCAACUGCAACAAAAACGACCGAUGAUGAUGAUUCAAUGGAUGAAUGAGAUCAAUUUUUCUGUGUGGCCGAUGGUUUAGCUGGCAUUUUAAAAACACCAUCCAAUGUCAUAAGCAAUUCUUUGAUAUCAUCACGACAUUCAUUAAAAUACAUACAAAUCUGUGCGGCCGCAUGUGAUUCUUUA